AUGUAUUGGUUGACAGAACUGAGUUUCUAAUAUAGUUGUUCAAUUCAGUCUAAAAAGUAAUAAAAUUUUGUGAUAGUAGAGAUUGGCAAAAGAAUUAACAUAAUCAACAUUUUAUGGUUCUGUGAAAGUUGAUUUUUGGAUUAUUAGUUUUGGAAUUUGCAUUUUAAGAAUAUAUUAUUUUGUUUCAAUUUAACAGCACAUGAACACCUUAAUUUACUUUUGA